AUGUGGACCUGGUUUCGGCUCUGCCUCCGCCUCCUGCACUGUGAGAUGGGACGUCGGGUCAGCCAGGGUUCUGGGCUCUGUUGCCUUCGCAGCUGGGCCCCCGCUCAGAGCCUCCAGGAGAUGGGCGUGGUCCCCGGGGCGGGACCAGAGGCCGAGGCGUCAGGGUGCACACACGUCUGGCUCCACGUGGAUGCCGUGUCCCGCCGGGCGGGGACGCAGACGUGGAGGUGUGCAGCCUGCCUCUUCCGGCAGCCCCGCCCGCCCAGAACGUCCCCGGCCAUGUCAGAAGGGCCCCCGACAGGUCCUCUUUGUGGCCACGCCGACCCUGCCGCAGCGGCCUGGCCCCACACAGCGCCUGAGCGGCGCCACUUUGAAAGGCAACUGAGAUGUUCCCUCAAGUAA